AAACAUGUUCUUUCUCAUUUUUUCUGGUUUCAUAAAUUUCAUACAAAAAUGUUGAACUUGAACACACUUAACACUCCCCAAGCAUGGCUUGUUCAUCCGAUCUCCAACAAUUCUCAUUCUUCCCACUUUCAAUUCGCUGGAUUCAAUGGAUUCAGACCCAGAAAUCAAGAAUCCGAAUUUUCUCGUAUGUUCAAAUCAGGCAUCUACAAUCCCAGGAGGCAAGAGCAGAAGUUUCUUCAAUUCAACAAGCGAGAAACCCGAGUGCUGAAGACGAAUUCUGCUAUGAGUAUUGAAAAUCAAGAUCUAGAGAGAGUUUCGCGAGUUGGAAAUGAGAAGGGUAGUUCUAGUUAUGAUGCAAUUGUUAUCGGGUCGGGAAUCGGGGGAUUGGUUGCGGCAACACAGUUAGCUGUGAAGGGAGCUAGGGUUUUGGUGCUUGAGAAGUACGUGAUUCCUGGUGGAAGCUCUGGGUUUUACGAGAAAGAUGGUUAUACUUUCGAUGUUGGAUCGUCUGUGAUGUUUGGUUUCAGUGAUAAGGGUAAUCUUAAUUUGAUCACUCAAGCAUUGGCUGCUGUAGGAUGUAAAAUGGAAGUAAUACCUGACCCAUCAACUGUUCACUUUCAUCUUCCAAAUAAUCUAUCUGUUAGAGUACACAGAGAAUACCAAGAAUUUAUUGCAGAACUUACUAGUAGGUUUCCUCAUGAGAAGGAAGGAAUCUUGAAAUUCUACAGUGUUUGUUGGAGGGUCUUCAAUGCCCUGAAUUCCAUGGAACUGAAGUCACUUGAAGAACCGAUCUACCUUUUCAAACAGUUUGCGAAAAAGCCUACUGAGUGUUUGACAUUGGCUUAUUACUUACCACAAAAUGCUGGAGAUAUAGCCAGAAAGUACCUAAAGGAUCCAGAGUUGCUUUCUUUUAUAGAUGCUGAGUGCUUUAUAGUGAGUACAGUUAAUGCUCUGCAGACGCCAAUGAUAAAUGCUAGCAUGGUUCUAUGUGACAGACAUUUCGGGGGAAUAAACUACCCUGUUGGUGGGGUUGGUGGAAUAGCAAAGUCCUUAGCUGAAGGUUUAGUUAAUAAGGGAAGUGACAUACUUUACAAGGCGAAUGUAAAAAACAUUAUACUUGAUCAAGGAAAGGCUAUAGGAGUGCGACUUUCAGACGGGAGGGAGUUCUUUGCAAAGACAGUUAUAUCAAAUGCAACUAGAUGGGACACAUUUGGAAAACUUUUGAAAAAAGAAGACGUUCCUAAAGAAGAAGAAAAUUUUAAGAGGGUUUAUGUGAAGGCUCCAUCUUUUUUGUCUAUUCACUUGGGAGUUAAAGCUGAUGUUUUGCCACCAGACACAGAUUGCCAUCAUUUUGUCCUAGAGGAUGAUUGGGAUAAUCUAGAGAAGCCAUAUGGAAGUAUAUUCUUGAGCAUCCCUACAGUUCUUGAUUCAUCCUUGGCUCCAAAAGAUAGACAUAUUCUUCAUAUAUUUACUACAUCAUCCAUAGAGGAUUGGCAGGGAUUAUCUGUAGAAGACUAUGAAAAAAAGAAGGAGGCUAUAGCAGACAAAAUAAUUAGCAGAUUGGAAAAGAAAAUAUUUCCUGGUCUCAAGUCUUCCAUUGUUUUCAAGGAGGUUGGAACACCAAAAACACACAGGCGUUACCUUGCUCGUGUUGAUGGUACAUAUGGCCCAAUGCCUCGUGCUAUUCCAAAGGGUUUGUUGGGCAUGCCAUUCAACACUACAGAUGUAGAUGGUCUCUACUGUGUGGGAGAUAGUUGUUUUCCUGGUCAAGGCGUUAUAGCUGUUGCAUUCUCAGGAGUAAUGUGUGCUCACCGAGUAGCUGCUGAUAUCGGGAUAGAGAAGAAGUCUCCAGUACUAGAUACUGCUCUUUUGAAAACUCUUGGUUGGUUAAGGACAUUAGCAUAACAUGACUUCAUUUUACAGGGUACUUUAGGAAUUUGAAACAAGGAAAGGCACCAAAUAUAGAAGAGUUUAUGUUAUAUAUAGAAUAGAGGAUGGAAGAUUAUGAUGAAUGGGAAGAAGAUCCAUCAUAUGAUUAAAACAAUUGAUCUUGCUACUAUCAUAUGUUUUCUGAUAACAAUUUAUCAGUUCAUUUGAUAAGUUAUAUAAUAAAUUUGACUGCAAUCACAAUUUCAUUUAUUUAUUUAU